AUGUAUAGCUACUGUCUCAUCGCAGCAGAUAAAAAAGCAUUUGCCAAAGCGAAAAAAGUCAGAAUGCCCGCGUAUGCGAUCCUUGAGGGCAGCGAUGGAUUCGAGGAUUUUGCGGACAACUCGGCAUUGAUGGAUCGAUAUAUUACUACCAUGGGUGGAGAUCCGACAACUGACAUUCGGAUUGUGUGGGAUGAGGGGGCAACACCCCAAUGGGAGAUCAUCCUUCCAGCUUCGUCGUUAAAUCAGAAUGGCGGAGGUCUUGGCAUCGUGACUCUUUGUCGAAAGACAAAGGCGGAAUUACCAAAGCCAGACGUGAAUGUGGAAGAAUGGCCAUGGGAUAAUGCUGUGGGCGAAUGGGAGUCUUGGGAAAUAGACGGGUUACUUCCAGGCGAAGAAUGUGACGAUGAUUAG